UAUUAUUUAAUUCUCUUUAUUUUUUUACGCGUACCAGGCGUAUAAACAUACAGCGAAAAACAAUUAGAAAGUUGAUUUAAUCAGAGAGAUGAUUUAAAAUAAUGCAUAUUAUUAAUUGACUUUUAUGGGAGUCGACGUUUUAGGAUUAAUUACUGUCAGUAGCCUAAUUUUCAAUAUUUCGCUAAAUGUGUUACAGUUUGUCUAAUGCAGCCGAUUUGAUUCUGACAGAAGUUAGCCAAACUACUUUUUAAGCAAAACAUUGUUUGUGAUAUAGCCUACUUGUGUUAGCCUACAGUAUGUAAAUGUAAAGCCUAAUAAAAUAAUAAUUUACAACAGUAUGUUUUGUUGAUGUAUCAUCCUGUAUACAGAUCCUAACUGCCAGAGCUCCAGCAGCCAAGUUGCUAUGGCUACAAACUUUUGAGACACCUUCAACCUUUUAUUUGGACUUCCUUAUAAGGGCUCCAAGUUUUAACAGAUCAGACAUAAUUCCCACGCUGCUUAAAAACACUUAAAAAUAGUAAAUCUGUAGGGUAUUUGUAUUAAAAGUUUGCAUAUCGGUAAGAUAUUGCUUAAGCUCUAUUUGUAAUUAGAAAAAAGCGAGACUUCCUCCCUCCAUCCAGUAUCAGGGGAAUGUAAAUGGCUCGUGACAGUGAUGUGAGAAAUAGAAGUUACUCGUUAGUGCGUGUCAGAUCGCCUGAUGCACUUCUUUAUUGAGGGGCGAAAGGUGGAUCCUCGUCUUAAAGAGUCAACACCUCUCAUCACGAGUGUAGCGAGCAGUAGAGGGGCUUGAUCUCUUCACUAUACUUGACAGCACUCUUCCUCUACUGCUUAUCUGAUGCACUUGCGCCUCUGGCACCUCUGGAAACGACUUGAGAAAUGAAUGGCUACGGAUCGCCCUACCUCUACAUGGGGGGCCCGGUGUCCCAGCCGAGAGCGCCCCUCCAGAGGACCCCCAAAUGUGCCCGCUGCAGGAACCACGGGGUGCUCUCCUGGCUGAAAGGGCACAAGCGUUACUGCCGUUUUAAGGACUGCACUUGCGAGAAAUGUAUUCUAAUAAUCGAGCGCCAGCGGGUCAUGGCGGCUCAGGUGGCGCUGAGGCGGCAGCAGGCGAACGAGAGUUUGGAGAGUUUGAUCCCGGAGUCACUGAGAGCGCUGCCUGGCAUCACGGUGGGGAGCGGGGAGCAGAACCCAAAUAACCCACGAACAAGCGACAUAGACCUCCGCUGGAGCACAGAGACAGUGACCCCUAAACCACCGCAAGACCUAAAUGAGGAUCUGUCUGGUGAGCAGUCUGGUGGAGAGAACGGAGGUAGUGCCAGUGACAGAGAACCAGAGCCAGUCAGCUCCCCCGAGGAGUCUAAACCUAACUUGUGUUGCACCCCUGACACCUCAGACCCAACUCCCCAGCUCGAGGAGUCCCGCUUUAGCCUGUCUAAAUCCUGCACUGAGCCAGAGCCCAAAGCUGACAACCCCAAAUACUCUCCUGAGCCCAACCUCCUCAUCGAAGGCCUCUCAGGCUCUGUAUCUCUUCCUUUCAGUCUGAGGGCCAACCGACCUCCACUGGAGGUCCUGAAGAAGAUCUUCCCAGCCCAUAAACCAGCCAUCCUGGAGCUCAUUCUGAAAGGCUGCGGUGGGGACCUGGUUGGAGCCAUCGAGAUCUUGCUGUCCAGCCGUUCCACAAUGAAACCAGAAAAGAUCCUGUCUGAGAACUCAGAUGCCCUGGUUCUCCCGUCAAACGGCCACCUUUUUGAGCACCCGCUGAGCUCUUACCCCGUCUCGUCUUCCAAGUGGUCGGUCGGUUCGGCUUUUCGUGUUCCCGAUUCCCUGCGCUUCUCCUCAGAGCCUUCUGGUGGAGUUGUACCAGGCCCUCUUAGCAUGCCGCUACAGCACGGCUUCCCCCAGCCGCCUCGAUACCCCCUCAUGCUGAGGAAUUCGUUGAGCCGUGGCCAAGCCGGGCCCUUCGUGCACAACGAUGUGACUCUGUGGAAUACCAUGACUUUACAGCAACAGUAUCAGUUGCGCUCACAGUAUAUCCCGCCGUUCUCAGGCCCCUCGGCCGGAGUGAUCCGCAGCUCACCGCUCCUCACCAGCAGACCCACCGAGGAGCAUCGGAUCAGCAUCCAGGAGGAGAGCUGCCCUGUCAUUGCCAAACAGAGCAUGUACGCUGCAGAUGAGGAGUAUGAUGAAAGAUCUGACUCCUCAGACUCCAGGAUCCUGAAUACUUCCUCCUAACUUCUGCUCACUCCAGCGCUUUCAAUAGGAGGAUGGGAAACAAGCACUGAAAUGCGUUUCAAAUGGCUUCUUGAAAUGAUACAAAAGAGACACUGCUCGGCUAGGAGCGCAAUGAAAAGAUAUACAUUGCUUUACUUGAGGUAUUGUAUUUCUACCAGAUCUGAGGUUGUUGUGCCAACUUAAUCAUGUGUGGAAUAACAUUAGCUUUAAUUUUGGGGGGAAAUUCAUUAAGGUACUAUUAUUUGACCAAAAAAUCUGAAUAACUUAAUAUAUUUGAGCACAGUGAUCUCUAUUUCCACUUUGCAUGAAAUGUACCAUUGAUAACGAUUUAUUGUAAAAAAAAAAAGAUUCCAGCAGUCCUGCAUGUAAAAGUAUGGCAAAUAAACCUUCUAUGAACUGUUA